ACACAGAGUUUAUAUUUUCAGAGUGCAAAAACAACACACUUUGGGGUGAAUAUUGUAACAGCUCGUGUCCUGCAGGGUGCAAAGAUGGAACUGUAAACUGCAACAGAACUACUGGUGUCUGUAUAGAAUGCCCUGAUGGAAAGUGGGGAAACAACUGUUCGGAUGCCUGUGGAGAAGGGUGUAAUGAGACCAACUGCCACUUGAACGGAACGUGUCAUUGCAGGUCACACUGGAUGCCUCCAAACUGUGACGUUUGCAAUCCUGGAAAGUGGGGACCAGACUGCCUGAAUGACUGUGGAGAGGGCUGUAAGGGCGGAUUGUGCAACAUGACUAAUGGGCAUUGUAAUUGUACAUCAGCAGAACUGAUAGCGCCACUGUGUGGAGGUUGCAAUCCUGGCAAGUGGGGAAAAAACUGCGAGAAUGACUGUGGAGUUGGUUGUGAAGGAGAAACAUGCAAGAAGGAUGACGGGUCUUGUGAAUGUCAACCAGGCUGGGUUGGUACAAAGUGUGACGGUCGACCAUGCGAAUGUGGAGAAUAUGAAUGCACAACAAGUGGAAAAUACAUUUUCGCUGAUGUUCCCCGUAAAGUAAACGUCGCAAUCGGUAAACCAUCAAAGGCAAGUACAAUUAAAAAAGUAGACAAUGAUGAUUCCGCUGUGUGCUCCUGCCUUGCCAAUGAUGGCUACUUAUCAACAACAGAACUCACCACAUGUAUGUCUACUGCUGAAGGCGAUCCUGCUCCUUUCUGGGAACUCGACCUAGGUGAAAAGUAUGAAAUUGCUGGAAUCAACAUCGACUUUGACGAUGACGAUAAAAUGAGAAGGUCAGGAAUCAGCAUUUUAUUGGAUGGUAAAGAGAUUUUUGUUACCAAUGAUCAAACAACUGAUCCAGCUUAUAUUCCUAACAAUAAGAGAAGAAAUUGGAUUGGACAAGUUUUGAAGCUGCAGAGAAAAGGUCCUCGUAUAGAUCCACUAAUGAUAUGCGAAGUCGAAGUAUUCAAUUGCAUGCCAGGAUUUUAUGGCUAUGAAUGCGAAGGAAUCUGCGAGCGACCAGUUUGCGACAAUGGGAAAUUUUGCAGCCGUAUUGAUGGGUCAUGCCCAAAGACGGUUGAAGUUAAAGAGACCACUGACUGUUCUCCGUUGAUCCUUGUAGCGGGUUAUGUCGUUGGCUUUCUCAUCAUCUCACUCUUCAUCUUUGCUGCAAAAGUUAUUCCGUAUAAAAAGAAGUCUAAACCUAAAGCUGUGAAGAAGGAAGCUGAAGGUGAUAAAGUAGAGGAAGGAUCUGAAUCUAGAGGUGAUAAAGAAGAAUCGCAAGCUGAAAGCGGACAAUCAAGUGGAACUGAUGAGAAAGAAUCUCAGGUGUAAGGGGGAUGACAAAAACUUCUGAUAUGUCAGGACGUUUUUCUUGUUACAAUUGAUGUUGUGCUUAUAAAUGUUGCACAUUUUAUUUUUAUGAAACAUAAAAUAGUGCCCGCUGGAUCUGGAAACUAAAUGCCGUUUCUCGAGUUCCCCAUUUUGCCUUACGGGAACAUCUUACUCUCGCUUCUUCUUCGACUACGGCCCCUGUAGGCUAGUACUAUACAGAAAACAAUAGGGUGCAAGGUUUCAUAUCGUUUGUUGUUAUUCGGCUUAGUAUUAACAUUUCAUGUUUACAUGGUUAGAGUCAAUUAUAUCAAACAUUAUUAAGUGCUAACAUCGUUAAAGAUUAUUUUUAUAGUUAUUAUUGCAAUUG